AAGAUAGUGGCUCUAAUGAAUAACUUGAACCGAUUACCGACAGGAUUGUCGAAAGGGGUCGGUUUCAUAAGGUUCGACCAGCGGGUCGAGGCCGAGAGGGCGAUCCAAGAAUUAAACGGUACCAUUCCGAAGGGCUCGUCCGAGCCGAUCACCGUCAAGUUCGCCAACAAUCCGAGCAACAACAACAAGGCGAUACCGCCGUUGGCCUAUCUGGCACCGCAAGCGACCCGACGAUAUGGCGGCCCGAUCCACCAUCCAACCGGCCGCUUCAGGUACAUUCCACUGUCGCCACUAUCCAGCACUGGCAAGGCCAUGCUUGCCAUUAACAAAGGCUUACAGAGUAGGUACAGUCCGCUGGCAGGCGAUCUCUUGGCGAACUCGAUGCUACCCGGGAACGCGAUGAACGGUUCUGGCUGGUGCAUCUUCGUGUACAACCUCGCCCCAGAGACCGAGGAGAACGUGCUGUGGCAGUUAUUCGGUCCGUUCGGCGCCGUCCAAUCGGUCAAAGUGAUUCGCGACCUGCAGACGAACAAGUGCAAAGGCUUUGGUUUCGUGACGAUGACCAACUAUGACGAGGCCGUGGUCGCCAUCCAGAGCUUGAACGGCUACACGCUCGGUAACCGGGUCCUUCAAGUAAGCUUCAAAACGAACAAGAGCAAGGCGGCGUAGGACGACAAGCAACGGCAUCAGCAACACCACCACGAUCACCAUCAUAAGGCAGCAGCAGUAGCAGCAGCAGCAGCGGCAGCAGAAACGGUAGUAGCAGCAACGCCGGCUGUAGCGGCAGCCGCGGCCAUGAUCGGUCAAGCGACCGCUGCCAAGGCAGCGCUUGGUACAACGACCGUAGCAGCCACGGUGGUCGCCGCAACAGCGACCGCUGCUGCUACGGCCGCGGCUGCGGCUGCGGCUGUGGUCACGCCCGCGACCGUCCAAGCGCUCGCGACUGCCUAUGCUUCCACUAAGAAGAAGAUCGACCACCACCAUCUCCCCGUCGACUCCGUGAUCAACACCUUGAACAGUCGUGAUCGCGGAGGGAACCAUCGUAACAAUCAGAACCACCGUCAACACCAAGAACAACAACAGCAACAGCAGCAGCAACAACAACAGCAAAAUCAUCCGUUUAAAGGUUACAACCUGUCCGCAUACGAAACGAUGAUCAGGAAUCUAUCAGUCUCAUCGAAGAAGUAUCGAUGAGGUAGAGACGACUUCGAGAACCACGGCGAUGAAUUUACAUUUCCAACUAAUAUAGAGGAUGCUGAGCUCCCUGGAGAACACUCGGCCGAUUUUUUCAGCAAACGAUAAGACAAAAAAAAUCAGAGAGAAAGAGAGAGAGAGAGAGAGAGAGAGAGAGAGAGAGAGAGAGAGAGAGAGAGAGGCGAGAAUGCUAAGAGAUAUAAGUGUAUGUGCGUGUAUACGUGUGUUUGUACAAGCAAAGGUAGGAUGCGUAUGCAGUGGGUGCGCGUGGCUGAGAGGGAGAUGAAUGUGGAGGGACGAGGAGAAACAAACUGGCGAAGACGGUGAGAGAGGUAUGUCGUUAUACGCGGUCGCUCGCCCGAUUAUCCUAAUUACACACAUACCAUGCACAGGAACGAAAAGGAAGGUAAAGAGAAAGCUUCGCACUUUCUUUCCUUCGCCUUAGUGUCAUCUAACUCUCCCUAUCUCUCCCUCUUUGGUCACUCGUUCAUUUUUCUUUUUGUUCCCGUUAUUCGUCCACGAUAGAAAAGUAACGCGAGGUCCUGUCCUCUCUCGUGUCUCGCAGGAUUCGCGACUGUAUCGUUUCGUUCCCGAGAUAUCACUAACGAAACACACACACACACGAGAGAGAGAGAGAGAGAAAGAGAGAAAUCAGAUGAAAAUCAGAGUGAACCGUCUGUAACGAUGAAUUCCGUGGUCCGUGCGCGAUUGCUCGCGACACAUUGCCGAUUUAUGUGCGUUGUGUGCGCGCGAUGAAACACACAGACCACGUGACUACGAACAGACGUUUCCGUAGCAAUUGACCAAACAGAGAGGAGAAAGCUCCUCGCGGAGAUGGAAUCGACAGGAGACAUGAACCAAAGAGUCAACCAAAGACCAAAGAGUCACGACGACGUCAGGCUGUGAGACUGUGAAAACAAAACUUAUAAACAAAAAAAAAAGGGGACAGGGCCUGAUUGAACUUUUUUUCUAGAAUUACCGACAACCCACGUUGAUAGAGAGACAACCAAAAAAAGAGGGGAGCCGGCAGGCGCCUCGCGUUUUUCCGAUUAGAUCGGCUAUCGGUGAACUCGAUCCAGAAGAUCGACGGACCCAUACACACGGAGAACGGGAAAGAGUGCGUAGUAGUAAGUGGUUGUAGAGGAAUGGUGUAGAGACAAGUGAGUAGAGAGAGACAAUAUUGACGGAUCGUGGUCGAGGACGGGACGGGGACGAUCGAUGAAUUGAUCAAAUUCGAAGGGGCAAGUCGCUCUCUGGCGGAGGAUAUAAGAGAAACGGGAUGCGCGUGCGAGGAGAGAAGUCUCUCGCGUUCGAUUUUCAGAACACGGGAAAGUGGUGAAGCUAGUUGUUUUACUUGCGAACGAUCGAUUCCCCUUUUUCUUUUUCCUGUUUAGCCAGUGAACGUUUAAACGUACUUAAGGAAAAGAGAGAGAGAGAAAAAAAAUUAAGCUUUCUUAAUCUGUAGUUGAAUUAAGGACGAGACAUUGUUCGAUGAGAAGCGAAAAGACGAAGCAUAAUAAUUAUUACCUAUUUAAGAAGAUAUUUUAGGGCUUACGUGCUAUAUACACUACGAUGCGAUUGUCGCGACAGAUCGAGAAAUCGGAACAUCACAACAGUGAUCCGAGGGAUUACGUCACGUUUACUUAUGUAACGCAGCAACGCGUUGUACUUUUAUCUUUUUGCUAGUCACAAGCUCUUGUACUUCUCUGCCGAUUACCCAAAGAAUGUCCAAUUUUUCUUUUCCUUCUCGUUCUUUUUUUUUCAGUUUUCUUUUUCCUUUUUGUUUUUUUUGUUUUUUUUGUUUUUUUUUUUUUUUUCUUAUGUAUAGAUAAUAUGUACGUAUAAGAUACGAGAUCUUAGUUAGUACAAAAUGCUUACUUGAAUGCAGAGUCUGAUUUUAUCGAGUAUCGCGUAUUAGUGUCCCUCGAAUGUGCACCGUCCACAAUUUGGACGUUUUAGAAGAACUUUGUCAGCCAACUUUUUAACAAAAAAACACACACACAUUCACUUUAUACACACGUAUACACACAUCGACACGUUUACAUACAGAAACACUGUUUGCAACGGGGAGAAAAUAAACAAAAAAAAGGAGAAAGAGACUCUGCCUCCCUGUCGCGACGAAGAUACUCCGAUUUUUAUAAACACGAACGUUCGAUUUCCCUUUUUUAACGAAAAUAUUGAAAGAAAGAAAAAAAAAAGUCCAACGUACAAAAUAUUUCAUAGAAACGGUUUACUUAUACAUAUGGUACGCAGAUUGAACGCGUUCUUUUCUUGCUGUGGUUCCCUUCCUUUUAAAAAAGAAGGGACACGGAUGGUUGGAACGAAAGAAACACUUCGCGACGGUGCACGAAUAUGUGAUACAGACAUGGUCGAGAAGGACGAUCGACGACAAAUGAUUCCGGAUCGUCGGUAAACACGUGUCUAGUCUACGUGCAAAGAGGUGCCAGAGCAUAAGAGAAUAAUGGCGCCGCGUGUUAAAAACCUUUCCACCUUUAAAAAAAAAAAAAAAAUGAAAAAAAAACACAAAAAAAAACGAGAAAACUUUUCUCUUUAGACUAAUAAGCAAAUCAGACAAGCGGUUUCUAAGAAAGCGCGUUUUAGGUAGUAUGUGCAAGGUGAGCGAACCGUUUCGCCCGCGCUAGCCCGUAAAAAUAAUUCCCCUGGAUGGGAUUGCGUAUGUACUGAAAAACCAAA